AUGAACUGGAAAAGGAAAAGGAUGGAGGCAAUUUUACUAGCAGAGAAGUCUGGUAAUAAUGAGGAAAUCCAAAAAGCAAUCAUUACACUGUUGAACAAAGAACCGGCUAAUCAAUUUGGUAUACAACGAUUGAUCUCACUGCGUAUCAAAGAGGGCGACACCUCCUCCGCUAUCAAACUCUUAUUCAAAUACAACGAAAUGUUCAUCGAAGCACAGGCACACGUCCAACUCGCUCAACUUCUGUGUAAUACAGAGAGAUACGACGAGGCUUCAGAAGAACUCGACGAGGCUUUAUUACUCGAACCAACCAACUUCUAUCUCUGGCAAUUUGCUGGAGAAGUGGCUUUGAAGCUGAACGACAUGACCAAAGCCAAAAAGUUGUUUCUCACAUCUUCAAAGCUUUCAGACUACAAAUAUUUGCGAGCGCUUAUGUCCGCACUUUACACUAUCAAUCUUUCCAAAGAAAAAGGCGAAAAGGUCGAUGCAAUCUGCUCGCAGUUCCAAAUCUUUAUUGACAAACUCCAAGCAGAUGUUGCCGGUAUAAAAGAAGAACUCAUUGCCUCUUAUUGA